GUCAUAAAUCGUUAUUUAAAACUAUAAACUUUAAUAUCAAAAGACAUACACUAGAUUAAUUCGCUUUCCAUGAAUCCGAAUUAGGAUUAGCACUUUUAAUUAUAAGACACCAUUAAAAUGGCGGAACACUAGUAAUAUAAUUCUCCUCCCUUUUAAGCAAAUUAUUCAUAGUAGUCUGAGUAUAUGCAAAGGAUGACAUUUAAUCCCGUGCCAUAGUUAAAUAUUCAAUAAAGUAAGGAUAUGGCUAUUAGCUAUUUAAAUCAAUCUCCGUCUUACUUUUUUGAAACAGGCUAGAGUUGGACAAACAAUGAGAGCUCAAAAAAGUAAUUUAAUAUAAAUAGCGAAAGUGCAAGAAAUAGCAGGACAUUUAAGUUUCGUGAGUUUAACUUGAAAUAGAACUAACUCUCUUAGUAAAAGCAUUAAGAAGAGAGCGAUCAAAACUAAGUUUCAAAUUAGUUAUAAGAUAGAAAUAUUUCAUCUGAAUAAACAGCAAGAAGCGAGUUAUAGAUGCCUCUUACUGAUAGGUCAUAGCUGAAAUACUAUAAGAGCCAAUAAAACUUUAGAUCUCCAAAAAAAUUGCAAUUCUCUCCAUAGAUUUCUUAAAAUAAUAAUUUAUAUUAUCAAUACAUGAACCCUAUGCCAACGAGCUAGAAAGAACCGCAAAAUAGUGGAAACUAGUUUGAUAUAAAAUCUAGCUUGAAAAAGAAGAGUAUUCUAUUUAAUAAUAGUGAAUCACAAAUUAAUAAAUCAGGUGUUAUAAAUAGCGAGAAUAACAUAUCAAAUUCAUUUAGAAAACAAUAGGGCCCCUUUACUUAAAAUAAUCCUUUUGGUAUUUAGCAAAAAAAUGCUAAAACCACUCCUAUUAAUAACGAACUUAGUAACAAUUUUAUGACAGAGAGAUAGUAAUUACUUAUGCCUUAAUCUGAGAAAGAAAUAACCAAUAAUAAUAAAAAUAUCGCAGGCUAAUAGCAAAAGCGUUUGAGUAUUUAAGAAGUAUAGAACUACUAUGCAUUUAACUCCGCCGUUAGUUCUGUAUAAGCUACUUCACUGACACAAAUACCUCAGUAAAUUUCCCAUAGUAUAUUUAAAGGUAAAUAAGAAGAAAAAAAAUUGCAAAAUGGUAUUCCUUUAAUAAAAAAGCAAUAAUAAUCUACUUCUGUCUCUGAAAGAGAAAGCAGAGAUUUAAAAAAUAGAAUUCAUUUCAACAUUAAUGGUUCUUCAAAUUACUAAAUUUUUUCUAAUUUAUAGCACUCAAUACACUCUCCCACAAAAGAUCUGACAAAUCUAUCAAAUUCUUAAUCUUAUAAAGUCCCAAAGAAUAUUAAUCUAUCAAAAACUUUUUCUAGCCCCUUUUUGAAAAAAGUUUAAUAGCAAAAAAAGUAGCAAUUAGCUGAAGUAGUUAGUGGAGGAAAGACUCCUUAAAGUUAUUCAUAAUUAACUUCUUAAAAUUUUGCUGCCUUUCCAUCAACACAAGUAGCUACACCAAAUAAUUAGAAUGUUUCUAACUCAGCUACUACUUCUACUGCUAAAAGACUCUAAAAUAUUAACUUAAAUUUAGAAAAUAUUAAGACUAGAUAAUCAAGUUCCUCUUCUAGUAGCUCAAAAAGUGGAAAAUCUCUUUUUGAAUCUCCUUUAAGUCCUCCUCCAAAAAACAAACUUAUGAUGGAAAUGAGCAAAUUCAAAAAAGAAUUAAAAGAAUUAAAUUCUAUCAACAAAUCAAACAGAAAAAGUUUGCAGUAGUAGAAUAAAAAUUCUCUAAACAAUUUUAUAAGAGUCAAGAAAGCUGAAACAACCACAAACUUUUAUGUUAGCGAUUCAAAAAUAAGUAGUUCAAAUUAUUAAAACCCGUAAACUGCAAAAUAAUAAAUAGAUUACACGCCUAAUAAGACUCUUAAUUAAAUACCUAACUAUACUCAGUAUAGUGAAAGCAACCCGUUAAAGAUGAGUCUUAGUGAAUUAUAUCAAAACGAAAGCCCAACUAAUAGAUAAUCGAAUUUUAAUGAAGAUUCUGGAGUAAAUUUUAAUAACUAAAAUUAGUAGAGUAGCAACAAAUUAUAAUCUGCAUUUGUAGAAACUCCUUAAAAUAAGAAUUUAAAUAAUCUCUAAAAAAAAUAUCAUGAAAGUUAUAAAAACAUUGAAAAUAUACUUGAAGAAAAUAAGUAUUUUUAGAGUAUUAACAAGAUAGAAGAAGAAAUGCUAAGUGUGACUAUGAAAAAUAAGACUCUUCUUCCAAGAAAAUUGGGUAUAAUCUCUCUCUAACAAACAAAAACUGAAGGAGAUUAAUUUCCCUAUUCAGCAAGAAAUUUUAAGGAUACAUCUUAUUAGAAUAUUGAAGAUACCAAGCAAGUUGAUUCUCCUUCAUUAGUAAACAUAGAUAAAGAUGAAGUCCCAAAUUAAGCAGAACUAAAAUCAUAAUUUAAAAUUCAUGACUUAGCUUAAGGAGGCUUCAAAAACAGACAGUCACUUAAAGUUCAAAACGAUGAUUUAGAAAAUUAUUAGCUGCUUAAUAACAUAAGCUUAGUUAAUCUUGAUGCCAUAUAAAGUAAAAAAGAUGGUAAAAUUAAACAAAAGUUAAAUUUAUCUCAUCAAAAUAUAAGAAACAAUUACUCUGAAAUGUUAGCUAAAGCAUUUGGUCACAAAGAUUUAUAGUUUCUCCAUACACUUAAUCUUUCAAAUAAUCAUUUAAAUGGUAUUGCAAUACUAACAAUUAGUAGAAAUUUACCAGAAAGCAUUCAUUCUAUCGAUUUUUCUAGUAAUAACAUUUGUGCAGAAGGCACAAGAGGUCUUAUUCCUCUUUUUGAUUCUAAAAAAUUUAAUUAACUUCGCAAAUUGAACUUAGAAAACAAUAAUAUCACUGAUAUUGGUCUCAAAGUAAUAAUACCUCAUAUUUUCUCAAAUAUGUCAAUUUAUGUACUUAAUAUCUCUCAUAAUAAGCUUUCAGAUUAAAGCUGUGAUUUCAUCAAAAAAUUAUUGAUGAAAAGCUCUUAUCUUUAAGAGUUAUAUCUUCAUUGGAAUAAAAUAUCAUCAAAAGGAGGUAUAUUAAUUGCAUAAGGCCUCUCUGAAAAUCUAAAUAUUAAGGUUCUAGAUUUAAGUCAUAAUGGACUAGGUAGUAUUCCUAAGUUAAAAUGUGGCAUGAAGAUAAUCUAGAGUUGCAAUGUUUUAGAAUCAGCUGUGAAGCAUCUUGAUAUUUCAUAUAAUUAGUUCACCCACUAAGAAUGUGUUGAUAUGUCAACUGCUCUUUUACAAAAUAGAGUGUUGUUUGGAGUUCAUUUGGAAGGUAAUGAGUCUUAGGCUCUUAUAGAUCCAAGAGGAUUUGUUUUUUUCCCAGAAAAUUAAAAUAAAAAGUAUGAAGAAAAUCAUUAAAAUGAUAUUUAAAUUGUAACUUAAAGAAUUGAAAGUGUUAAAACUAAAGGUCCUAAUAAAUUGCAGUCAUUUGACUGUAAAGCAUUCGAUAAUUGCUGGAUCUGUCACGGAUGGACUGAAAUAAGAUUUGAAAUGAGGGAAACUGGAAGUGAUGUGUUUACAGGAGAACCCGUGUUUCUUCAUCUUGACUUUGAGGAUUAUUAACCCAUAUAUAUGGAUAGAGAUCCUGAAGACCCAAGUUGCUUUUUCUUAAAUCGAAUGUGCCCUCCUAAUAGGAAGAUAACUUUCUUCUUUUCAGACCCUUGCAAGAAUGUGAUAUACUUCUCAAAAGAUUACAAAAUUUAAGAAUUUUAAAUACCAGAUGGGAUCAAUUUGAAUUUUUAUGACAUCCCUAUCCACCACCACUCAUAAUAGGCGAAUUAAAGUGGAACAGAUGAAAAUAAAAAUUCUUAAAAUCAGUAACAGGAUAAAAAAGGGGAUUAGAAGAAUAAAAAAGGUAACAAAGCAGAAAAAUCUAAAAUGAAAGAAAAAUAAAAGCAAAACUCUAAAAGUUAGAAAGAUAAAUAGGAUUAAACUCCUACUACAAAAGAAAGUAACAAAAAUGAAGGGAAAAAAUAAACAAGUAAACAAUAGGAAAUAUCUGAAUAAGAGUUGUAGGAGUAAAAGAACGAAGAAAUUGAGCAAGCUCUAGAUGAAGUGAGUAAAAAUAUUAAGAAAAAAUUCAAGGUAAAAUACUUGGAUGGUACAAUAAUAGAGUAUCAUGCACCUACAUACGUAAAUUAUAUAGAAACUUAAGUUUGUAGGGAGUUAAUUUCUAAAAAGAGAGAUUAUGAAGCUAAUGUUAAAGCAAAACCACGUUAACCAGAAACCUAUUUCCGUAUAAGCAAAACUGAUUAAUGGCAUAGAGGUAUAUCUCUUUUUAGAGAUUAUAUACCAGACUCCGAUGCUCUUGAUAAAAGAUGCUUUGAAUUUGAUUGGCAAACAUCAAAACUACCUAAACUCUUGGAAAAAGGCAAAGAUAUUGAAGAUUGCAAAAAAAUACUUUAAAGUGUUUAUCCACUUCUACGUAUUGCAUACAAAUAUUUAUCUUGUACUGGUAUAGCCAACGAUGUGUUCUGCAUUACAUAGAAUCCUUUCUCUAACUUUACUUAAAAGGCACAAAUAAUUGAUAACAAUUUACUGUUUAUAAGAGAUAUAGACUUUAACUUUAUUUCUGCUUCUAAUAUAGCUCUGAAAGCAAAGACGUACAGAAAUCCAGAUAAAGCUCUUAUUAGAAAUGAAUUCCUAGAAGUUAUGGGUAGGAUAGCACUUGAUAAAUAUAUUCGUAAUGAAAAAGCAAAAGCAAAUGCUGAAGCUAUGAAGAUGUUUUUUUAUGAAGAAGGGUUAUUGAACCACCUUUAUGAAUUUGAUUCACCUUAGGAAUGGAGAAAGAUAAGAUACUGGAAUUAAGAAUGCGACGAAAAGCUCAAAGCAUACUUGCCAUUUUUAAAGACGUUAUAUAAUAAUUUUGCUGACUCAAGAAAAAAUGAAAAAAGGUACUUUACUACAACAAAAAGCAUGUCACUAUAGGAGUUUAAAGACAUGGUAUAUAAAUUUGAUUUAUUGGAUGAUUUGCUCGUAGAACGUGAUAUAAUUAUAUCAUUUAAUUUAGCUAUGAUGACAUAGGUUGAUGAGUUGAAUAGCGAUAGACAUUUCUAAAUGUAAUUUGUAGAAUUUUUGGAAGCCCUUUCACGUUUAGCUGAAAAGAAGUCUAUGGUUCCCUUAGGCGAAAUAGCUGAAGAAUAUGAAGUGCAUGAAAGAAUUGUUAUUCAACUUCCUUAUAAAAUAGAAAGUAUGCUUGCUUUGAUGAAGAAAAGGUAUGAGACCUUCUCAAUAAAAGAAAAUUCUAGCAAUUAAAAUUCUGCUCAGCAAUAAGCUUAACAGCAGUAAUAAUAGAUAUCAUAGUAAUAGCAAAAUGUUUUAUAAGGAGUGGUCUCAUUGUUUAAAAGAAAAUCCUUAAUAUAAAAUAACACUCCUACAAACAGCCAAAGAUAAAAUAAUAAAAUGAAUGAUGAAUCAAUAAAUUUCAUAAAAAGAGUAACUAUGAAAAGGAAUACACAAAUUUCAGAUGACUAAAAGGAGUAAGAUAAACUGAAUUUGAAAAGUGUUAUUUAAAAAAUUAUGAACAAAGAGACUUUAAAGAAUAAAUCAAAUACUAAUUCACCAGCUAAAUCUCCUGGAAAAUCUCCUAAAAAAUAACUACUAAAAGAAUUAGAGCAAAUGAAAUAGUAAUAAUAAAAUGAAUCAGCUCUAAAAUGA